AUGCAUAAUUCACUUUAUUUUCUCCUUCCUCUUAUUUCUUUAACAUUGCAAGCGACAGUCAAGUGGUUGCCGGACACGAGUUUUGACUUGCCGAUUAACUUCAAGGGCAGGAAACGUCCGUGCUCCAAGCAGAGUGUGGUUUUCCCCGAUAGGCUCGUGGGGCCCGUCAAGAUCGAGGCCGAAACAAUUGUGACGUCAGUCCUUUUGCCUGUAGACGGCGAGAUCCUGCUGGGCGGAAGCGUGGAGUUCGGCGCUGACGACAACGAGACGAGCUGCGGGGCAGGGUACGUGUACUACAUGGAAAAAUCAGAGGCGUCAUGGGCACAAGCCGGCGUCUGGGGCUCGUCUAGGUUCAACAUGGCCACGCCAGACUCUGAGAGGGUGCCCUGCUACGACGACACCGUCGAGUUCCCGGCUAACAUCAGGUCCACUGUAAUCAUGCCGAUGUACACCCAGCAGGUAGCCGGCUUCAGGAUCGGCGACAGGCUUUAUAACAACGAGAACUUAUACGCGCGUAUUGUAAGUGACACCGGCGGGAGCCUACAGUUCGUUUCGACUUGGUUAACUGUGGGUGUGGUCGUGAGCCAAAAGGUUUGCCAAUCGGUGUCCGGCUGCCCGUGCCAGAAGUACGCAUUGGAGAUCCAAUGUUUCUCGAAAACCUGCGCCGUGCCCACGUGUGUUCACCCCAUAAAGCCGAUAGGGCAUUGCUGCAAGGUUUGCGGCGGUUCCGUUGCCUUCAACGUCACCGAGACAUUCGACAUGGAGGCGUUCAAGGAGCUCGUGGCUGGCACCGUCAACAGCUACGCAAACGAUGAAGUGGAGUACCACGUCAGCAGAUUGCCGGAAAGUGAAGUCCAAGUCGUGAUAGUCGACAAAGGUGAAUACGAGGGCACAAGUGCGCAGGUGCUUAACGCAAUCGCUUACAGAAUGCAGCAGCAUUGGGUGAAAGGCUCAAAGUAUGUUCAGCUAAGCGGCAGCCCCCUCUACAAGUCGGGUAUGGGCGGGAAAAUCUUCGUGUCGAUGUUCUUCGUCGCUCUUUCCGCUAUAGGCGCGAUAUAUGUCUAUUAUUACAAAAUACCGGAUAUAAGGUAUCCCAUAAUGGGUCGUUUGCCGACCUUCUUCGCAAGAUUGCAGAGGAGGACUGACAGUGUGGUGUCGUUGACUAGACGGGACUCGGUGAUAACGAGCACGGGAGUCCGGACCGCCUUCCGUAAUCCGCUGUACGACUCGAAAAGGGGGCGUGUGCAGGUGGAAGAGACUGACACUGUACAG